UACUCGCCGACUUCCUCUCCGCGGCGGCCUUCUCCUGCGCGCUCCUCCUCCUCCUCUGCCUCUCCCUGCCCCGCCUCCCAUUCGCGCUGCCGCUGCCGCUGCCUCUCCGCCGCGCGCGCCGAUCCCCGAUCCUCUGGUCCAUCGGCUCCUCGCCCUCCGCAUCCGCGACCACCCCUACCACUGGCCAUUUCGUCCAGGUGUACAGCAACGGCGACGUCUACGAGGGCCAGUUCCACCGCGGCCGCUGCACGGGUAGCGGCGUCUACUACUACUACAUGAGCGGGAGGUACGAGGGGGACUGGGUCGACGGCAAGUACGACGGCUUUGGUGUCGAGACCUGGGCUAGGGGAAGCCGAUACAGGGGCCAGUACCGGCAGGGGCUCAGGCAUGGCUACGGCGUGUACAGGUUCUACACUGGGGAUGUGUAUGCCGGGGAGUGGUCCAAUGGCCAGAGCCAUGGGUAUGGCGUGCACACCUGUGAGGACGGCAGCCGAUACAUCGGAGAGUUCAAGAGGGGCGUCAAGCAUGGCCUUGGCCACUACCAUUUCAGGAAUGGUGACACCUAUGCUGGAGAGUACUUUGCUGAUAGGAUGCAUGGAUUUGGAGUCUACAGUUUUGCCAAUGGACAUAGAUAUGAGGGAGCAUGGCAUGAAGGCAGAAGACAGGGAUUAGGCAUGUAUAGUUUCAGGAAUGGAGAGACGCAAGCUGGGCACUGGCAAAAUGGAGUUCUUGAUACUUUAAGCACCCAGAACUUUAUCCCUGGAUCUCCUAUUGCUGUGAACCAUUCCAAGGUCCUCAACGCAGUGCAGGAAGCGAGAAGAGCUGCAGAGAAGGCCUAUGACAUCCCGAGAGUAGAUGAUAAGGUGAAUAGGGCUGUUGCAGCAGCUAAUAAAGCAGCCAAUGCAGCCAGGGUGGCUGCCGUGAAGGCUGCACAAAAGCGCAUCCCCAAUAAUGGCGACGAUCUACCACUGUCAGUAGUGUGAGAAUGAAGCCAACAUAAGGUUGGCAUGGAGCUGCUUCGCGAUGCCAUCGCUUCACCAAUGGCCUGACAAAACCUUCGGCUUCCCAGUAGGGGAAGCCACUGCUCCGCCAUCGGGCCAUGGCGACACCUGAGUGACUGCCCGCUGCGAUCAAGCUUUGGGAGCAGGCCAAGUUUGCCGCCACCCCUUACAUACAUCUUUGUGGUGUCUUUUGCGACGUAGCAGAACUCCUGCUCGGAGAACUUUCCAUUGUCGAAGGCAACUGGUUGAGGUCAGUAGUAGGUUCCUCCUGCUUUUUUCUUCAGUGUAAUACUCAUCCUAUGUUAGAGCUAUGAUGUACACCCCAAAAUCAGGAGACAAAACAUGUUUCUUGUCUCUCUUCAAGCAUGUACAGAACCUACAUGUUUCGCGGUUGCUGGCCGUGCUGGUUGGGGAAACCUCACGUGCCGCCCGCCACUGUUUGUACGUUGUACCAGAACGCUUAAAGAUAUCAUGAUCAUGAGUGCCUUCUGUCGUUUUA